GGAUGGGGAAGGUGCCCAGGAAUUGGGGAGCGGAUAGGUGCAGAUGCUGAGGGGGGCAGAAGGGCCGGGAAGGGCUCCCAGGAGUUGAGGAGGCAGGUCUCAGGGGGGCAGAGGGACUGUGAGGGACAAAAACCUGGGAAUUAGAAUGUACAAAGGGUGACCAAGAAGAGGGCAUGGGCGUUGAGGGCGCAGAGUCCUGGAGGAGGCGGUGGGACAGGAGCCUUGAAGCAGGCGCGGGAGGCGACGGCAGACUCUCUGAGCUGCAGAGUUCUAUGGCUGACAGUAGCCUCCGGGCUCCGGACCUAGGGACUCAGCUGGGAGUUUCCGCUUCUCUGAAAAAAUGCCGGAAGACCUCAACAGAUGCUGGGAGGCAACCCUUCUCUGGAAAGUCCUUUUAUCUGGAUCUGCCUGCUGGCAAAAGUCUCCAGUUUUUGACGGGGGCCAUCCAGCAGCUAGGUGGGGUAAUUGAGGGUUUUCUGAGCAAAGAAGUAAGUUACAUCGUGUCCAGCCGUAGGGAGGCAAAGGCAGAGAGCAAUGGGACAAGCCCCAGAGGCUGCCCCAGCCCCAGCGAGGUCAGAGGGCAGACGCCGUCCAUAGUCCAUCCAAAGGAUGGCCACACCAGGCCUUCACAGAAGCCUGCAGACUCGGUCCCUAUGAGCAGAGGGAAGGAGUUACUGCAGAAGGCCAUCAGAAACCAGGAGAGCAGCAGUGGAGGAGGUGGCGGGAGCAGCAGUAGUCUCCUGACCAAUGCCCGCUCCUGGGGAGUGAGGAUCCUGCAUGUGGACGAAAUGCUGAUGCAUGUGCAGCAACUGUCUCUCAACGCUCUAUGUGUGAAGAAACAAGGGCUGAAGAAGAAGCCAGAGGGAACGUGUCCAGCAGAGCCAAGAACGCGGAAAGUGGCCAGGCUGAAGGCACCAUUCCUCAAAAUUGAAGAUGAGAGCAGGAAGUUUCGUCCCUUCCACCAUCAGUUUAAGUCCUUUCCUGAAAUUUCUUUUCUGGGACCCAAAGAUGCAAGCCCCUUUGAGGCCCUGAUGACCCCGAGCAUCUUGCUUCAUACCAGAGAACCCAAGGACCGAGAGCCAAGCCCAAGAUCAGCCACCUGCACCCUGCCUAGGAGGAGGAAGGGCUUCUGUGAGUGCUGCCAAGAGACCUUUGAGGAGCUCCAUGCGCAUCUCCGGAGCACCCAGCACCAGGGCUUUGCCUCGGAAGCCCACCCAUAUGCAGAAGUCGAUCGGCUCAUCGCCCAGCUCAGCCACAGCUUUGCCGAUGCCCCCUUCCAGACCAGCCUGCCCAGGCAGCCAGGCUCCCCAUCUUCAGAUGGUGAGCCUCUGUGGCCUGAGACUCUGCCUCUCAGCCAGCCCUCUCAUCCAUGCAAGGCAGCAUCUCCCAGUAUGAAAGAGGACAAGCACCAGGCCUCGGGCGCCGGAGAGCCAGAUGGAACAGUGGAUAGCAUGAAGUCACCCACAGAACCUACGGAGACUGGCAAGAUGCUGGGACCAGCAGCAAGCUACCAGGAGCUAGGGGGAUCAAUUGAUGUCAUUGCAGACUCCCCAGGGACACCAGUGUCUAAGAGCCCUGUACACGAGUGCCUCCUGACAAGCUCUGGUUCUGCAGAAUUCUCAGGCCUGGACGUGGCACUUGUUGGCCACAAGCGGAAGGUUCAGUUCCCCAAUGGCAAUCCUGAAAAGAGGUCAGGGGUCUCUCAGCCACAAGCCUCAUUCUUUGUCCCGAGAGCCAGUAGUCCUUGUGGCACCAGGACAACCAGUGGCAGGCCUCUCCUCUCCCUUCCCCUCCCAGGCCAUGAGCGCAGGCCUUUGACUUCCUUCCUCCCCGUGUGUCCCCCACAGACCUGCCUCUCUCUCCCGGACUCCUUCCCCUGGCAGCCCCCAGAUAGGCCAGCAGAGUGCUGGGCCGCACAGCCCCCUUGGCCUGGGGGAGGAUGGCCCCCCGGGUCUGAGGAGUCUGAGCGAGCAGCCCCCGGCCCGUCUGCGCUGGCUCCAGGCCAGCUGUCAGCCCGUCUGCACUCAGCAGCUAACGUGCAGCCCGCAGGAGAACCUGCAGAGAGCCAGUCUACCUCUGUCCCCUGCCCUCUGCCAGCCAGCUGGGGGGGGGCAGCUGUUCUCAGUGGUUCUAGGCCCCCUAACCUCCCUGUCUCCCAGCACUAGCAGAGAACUGCUCCCGUGAGUUCUCUGGGACAUGCAGCAACUCUGGACUUGAGGGCCAGAUACACCGGUACAAGUUCUACCUCUGCUGAGUACUGCACGCCCGGCCAGGGCAGACCAGACACAAGGAGGACAGCACCUCAGGGGCUCCCCACAAGAACCAGAAGAGCCCAGGGGGCCUGGCCUCUGAAGUCAAAGCAAACAGCUGUUGUCAUGGCCAAGCUCUGUGGGGUUGACAGAGCUGGUCCACCCACUCCCUGGCCUUUGGGGUGGGACCAGAAGAGUCUGGGCUGGGGGCAGCCCUCUGCCCCCACCUCCAGCUGUGUCCCGGGCAGGCAGAGGUCUACAGUGGGCCCCUCCGUCCACGCCAGCCGCCCGCACCUGGAGGCAGAGGCAAAGUUGGCAUGGGGAGGAACCACAAAGAAGCUAGGAGCAGCAGGAUCCCCGGCCUGGCUUCCUGUCCCUCUGUAGGCACUCGCCUCUUGCAGAGCUGGGUUUCGGUGCUCCCCACCCCCACCCCAGCCUCCUUUCCCAGGAGCAUGUGGCUCUCCUGCUUUCUGAAAUGCCUGUUUGUCCCUUCCCCCAGCCCCCCACGCUCGUGCACACAGAUCCUCAGGAACAUAUGAAGCAGAGGAGGGGCUGACUGCAGCACCUCCAGAGCUCCCUGGCCCCCGCAUUUGGUGGGAGCCCAACACUGAAUGGACCUUUCCCCUGAGCCCAGGUUAUGGCCAGAUGCCCCCCUCUAGGGACCCCUCCACUCUUCCCUGGCUGCCCACCCCCCUCAACCCAUUUCUGCUGUUCCAGGGUCAGCGGUUCACCUGCCAACUUCUGCAUCACCCUCUUCCCUCCCUCCUUCCCUAAGGACCUCCCCCCAUUUCUUUCAGCCAAGCCAUUAAUCUGCAGACAGAGAUGGGUUUGCUAUUGAUUCUUUGGCCACUUUUUUUUUUAUUACAUUUUGUGCUGUGGUUCUUCUCACCCUUCUCUGCCUCUGUGUGUUUGUUUCUUUAAAUGUUGAAGCUACAAGAAGCCUGGUGCUAUUCUGUGUCUCACUUUGGAGGAAGAAAGUGGGGCCUAGCUGUGGGUGAGGACCAGAGUUGUUACUUUGGAAAUAGAGCAACUGUGUGUACAACCCUCAUAGAGGUCAUGUUUGGCCUUUUUAUGCCAUUCCUGUUAAACUUCACAAUUAAUCUUGGUUCGGAACUGUAAAUAAAUUUGUUAAUAACAAAUA